UCAAAUUGCAACUUUCACUUGACUGACACAUAAACGUUGUCAUCUGCUCGAUUUUUGUAGUUUACUUACUGAUUUUGCACUAACUUUCUUCGCAAUUAGUUUGACUUAAUUAUUUGUAGAACAGUUUAAUUUCCUAAUUAUCAUGGUGGACGAGGCAACUCGUAAAUCCCUCAGUGGCAUUCCACUCCUAAAGACAAAAGCAGGCCCGAAAGAUGACCCCAAGCUGUGGCUUCAGCGAUUGAAGGAAGAGUACACGGCGUUGAUUAAGUACGUGGAAAACAAUAAGGCCGCUGGGAACGAUUGGUUUCGCCUGGAAUCAAAUAAAGAAGGGACGAGAUGGUUUGGAAAAUGUUGGCAUGUUCAGGACAUGUUGAAGUAUGAGUUUGACGUAGAAUUUGAUAUUCCUGUAACGUAUCCCGUUACAGCGCCGGAACUUGCACUUCCCGAGCUUGAUGGAAAGACGGCCAAGAUGUAUCGUGGUGGAAAAAUUUGUUUGACAGAUCAUUUUAAACCAUUGUGGGCAAAAAAUGUUCCAAAGUUUGGAAUUGCACAUGCUAUGGCUCUAGGAUUGGGGCCUUGGUUAGCGGUUGAAAUUCCAGAAAUGAUUGAGAAAGGUGCCGUAGUAUAUAAAGAAGGCGAAGAUAAGAAAUGAUGACGUUUUCCUUUAGUUCGUACAAUCCUGUUUAAAUUGGUGCAUGCAGAUUUCACUGUUUAUAUUUCUUUUUUAAAAAUGUUACAAAAAUUUGAUUUCAUGAGAUCAAUUUUUGAACGCGUCUUUCAUUUCUAAUUAGGUUGUCAAAUUCAUUUAAAAAACAUUGAAUUCUUAUACUUGUGAAACACUCCAAUUACUCGUUCCAAAUUACAAUAAAAUAUAAAAACAUA